CACCAACGGAGAGGUCAAUUUGACGCCAUCGCAGCACCUCCCGAUCUUAAGCCUGUGUGCUGUCAGCCGGUUCCCAGUACAGCCUUCGGCGGCGGGUACGGGUUGUCACGUGCUCACGUUCCUCCUGUGACGUGUCUAGUUGCAAAAAUAUGAUCGGGUGAAGGAAGAAUUAGAGGAGCCCGAUGGGAGGUGCCACCGAGUCGGCGACCACCAUGGAGCGGUCGGUGACGGGGUCUGUGCAGCAAUGAGGAAAUGGCACCUAAAUGAGAGAAGUGAUGCAGAAGGAAAAGGAGAAAAUGGAGCCUGAGCAAGGCAGAGUGGGGGCAAGGAGCAUUGUAAUGAGUUCCCAUUUGACGUAGACUUCAGCAGUUCGGAGGGUACGUGUGAGCUGUUCCCGUCACUGGACCACCUCUUGCACAGGGCAGCCUGAACUGUGGCUAACAGCACGGGAGGUUCAGGUUUUUUUACAAAUGAAAGGGGAAGCGGUGUACAGGAAGUUACUUCAUUCAGACUGCGGUUGGAUUGAGAGUGGUGACAGUUCCAGGCACACGUUGUGUCUCUCCGCUGUGCACUUAGCGUUUUGCAGGAUCCCAGCUCAGCAGGCGUUGAGGACCAUGGAGAGCUGGCUGCGAUGGGCCAUUCUUGCGUUGGUUGUGUUGGAGACCGUUGUCCAGACCCAGCCAGCGAGAGGCCCCUUGGCUCGGAUCUCACACCCUCCUGGCGAUCCCAGCCGACAGGUCCAAAGGUUCUCCAAGGCAGACUGCUACAACUACAGCUCCUUGCUGCUUAGUCAGGACGAGGAGAAGUUGUACGUGGGUGCCCGGGACAUUCUCUUCUCCAUCGACACCGAAACCUUUGGAAGCAUGGAGACGGUAAAAGAGCUUAACUGGAUGGCAGCAGAAGUGAAAAUACAGGAAUGCUCCUUCAAAGGGAAGAGCAAGGAGAAGGACUGUUUCAACUUCAUCCUCGUGGUGCUGCCUGUGAACGAGAGCUGCCUCUUCAUCUGUGGGACCUAUGCCUUCAGCCCAGCCUGCGCCUAUGUGGACAUCCAGACCUUCUCACUGUUGACAGACGCCACCGGAAGUCCUCUGACCGAAGAUGGCAAAGGUCGCAUCCCGUACAACCCUUCGCUGAGAUACACAGUGUCCAUGGUCGAUGGAGCGUUAUACACCGGAACAACUAACAACUUCCAAGGGACGCAGCACCACAUCUCCCGCAGCUUCGGUCACCAAGUUCCCCUGAAAACGGAACCAUCUUGCAACUGGCUACAAGAACCUUCAUUUGUGGGCUCCACCUUCAUCCCAGAGGCAGAGGGCGACAAGAUCUACUUCUUCUUCACAGAAUCGCGGAGUCGCUCAGACCUGUUACAACGGAUGAAUGUGACGAUGGUUGCUCGGGUCUGCAAGAGUGAUGUUGGAGGAGAGAGGGUGUUGCAGAAACGAUGGACCACGUUCCUCAAAGCCCAGUUACUGUGUUACCUCCCUGAGGACCAGUUCCCACUCAACAUCCUCCAGGAUGUGUUUGUGUCCAAGAGCAAGGAGGGGACAGUGAUCUACGGUGUCUUCAGCUCACAGUGGUUCUAUGGUGGGUCCAAAACCUCUGCCAUAUGUGCCUUUGACUUAGCAGAUAUUCAAGCCGUCUUCAAUGGAAAGUACAAGAUACUAAACAGGGAGCAGCAGAUCUGGUCAACGUACAGGGAAAAGGUGCUGGAUCCCAGGCCAGGCGCGUGUAACACAGCAAGCUCGUCAGAUUCCACCCUCAACCUGCUGAAGGACGUCUUCCUGAUGGACGCGGUAGUCCAUCCGCUUGGGCGCCAGCCACAGCUGACCAGGGUACAGGAGCAGUAUGUGAAAAUCACAGUGGACAGCGUGACAUCCAUCAGAGCUGUGAAGCACAGAGUGAUGUUCCUGGUUACAGACCGUGGCUUCUUGCACAAGGCUGUGACGGUUAACAAUGUCUGUUACAUCAUUGAGGAGAUUCAGCUGUCCCCAGCACCAGGAGUAGUGCGCAGCCUCAUCCUGUCUCCAGCCAAGGGAGUUCUCUACAUCGGAUCUUCAACAGGUGUUCUGAGGGUGCCAGUGUCUAACUGCAGUGCCUAUCCUAGCUGUGGGGAGUGUGUGUUAUCCAGGGAUCCCUACUGUGCCUGGGACAGCAGCAGCCUCAACUGCAGGGAGACACGGAACCAAACACACAGGCAAGACUGGUUGCAGGACAUUGAGAAGGCAGACGCAGCCACUCUGUGUUCAUUCCAACCUGUGAAGGCCAAUUCAAGGACACGGAUACCCAUUGGAAGAGCGACAGGUGCAAACAGCAUGGUGGAAAAGGUGGUGUGUGUCGGUUCCUGGGUCCACUUGCCGUGUAAGGUGAGAUCGCGGCUGGCACGACUGAACUGGACUCGGGACAGGAUGGAAGUGCUGAGCUCUGGCCUGAAUCCCCAGCCCGAUGGCAUUUCCUUCGCUGCCACCAGAAAUCACCAGGGGCUGUGGGAGUGCUGGGCUAUGGAGAAUGGGUUCCGCACCCUGGUGGCCAGUUACUUGCUGCGGCUGGCUGGAGUGUCCCGGACCGGGAGCGAGAUGAACGCCUCAUGGUCAGCCAGCGAAGGACAGGCGUCCCACGCGCACACCUACUUGGGUGAGCUGGUGGCAGUCAGCGUGCUCCUUGCCACCAUGGUCCUGCUGGUGUCUGGCCUGGCUCUGAACCGCUACUGUAGUCACUGGAGGGCAAAGAAAAGGGUGGGGCAUGGCGCCGAGUUGCGGCCGGAGGAUCUGGGUGUCAGUGAGGGCGAGCUGGAGUCAGCACUCUUGAACAAGACUGCGGAGGGUGGCACCACCUACCCAACACAGACAGGAGUAGUCGGCAGAGACACCAAGUCACAGCCAGCAGCCAGCUCCGAACCCCGGAACAGAACUCCUUCAUCCAACUCCCAGACACAAGUGGACAUUUAGGAUACGGGGUAUGGGAGGGUUUCACUAACCGCCGACUUCAAAAUGGGGUGGGAGGUGGGGAGGGAGAAAGCACUUUGACGUUCCAGGGUUAACAUCAGGGCAAAGCCUCGGCUGCCCUCUCCAUCCUGGCUGGUCUUUCUGUUUUGGUGAGACUUCAUCCACUAGUUUUUCUGUGAGAGAACCCUGUGGGCAGAACAGUUCCCCACUGCGGUGUCUUUGCUUCCCCAGCUACCAGCCUUGCCCAGUCAGCAGGGGCCGUGUGUUAUGGUAAUGGGUUUAUAAUUGUCACCUGUACCGGGACACAGUGAAAAGUUUCUGUUUGUGUGCUGUCCAUGUAAAUCAUUCCAUACACAUGUACAAAACAAUAUUGUUCUACGUGCAGUGCAGGUAGGCAAUGAAGUGCAAGGGCCACAACAAGGUAGUUUGGGAGAUCUUUAUCAUAUCACUGGUACAUUCAAGAGUCUGAUUCUGAUUACAGCAAGAUAGAAACUUUCCUAAGACUGUAAGACAUAGGAGGAAAAUUAGGUGAUCUGGCCCAUCACAUCAUGCCUUUCCAUCAUGGCUGUCUUAUUAUCCUCCUCAAUCCUAUGCUCCUGCCUUCUCCUCAUAACCUUGACACCCUUACUAAUCAGUUCUCCUCUUUACAUCCAUUUUAUCUAGCCCAUUCAAUAUGCAAUGGGUUUCAAUGAGGUGCCCCCUCAUUCUUAUAAACUCCAGUGAGUACAGGCCCAGAACCAUCAAGCAGUCCCCAUAUGUUAACCAUUUUAUUCUCAUGAACCUCCACUGGACCAUCUCCAAUGCCAGCACAUUCUUUCUUAGAAAAGGGGCACAAAACUGCUCAUAAUAUUCCAAGUAUAUCCUCGAACCUCGUGACACAUGUUCUCAGGCUUGUGUAUCUUCUGUAGGAUGGUUGGGGGUGGUGGGGUAGAGAAGAUAGAAUCCAGGGUGGGAAAAGUCCUUAAUUGUGUUGACUGGUGGGGAGGUAUUGACUCCAAGUAGGACAAGGGGAGACAGUCAUCCUCAUCAAGUCAAAGUGAGUUUGGUAGAAUCUGUCACCCCUUCCUCCCCCAAAGGGUACAACUAUACAAGGUGAAUGGGAGGUGGGAACAGCUGGAGUCCUCACUGUACACUGAGGUGCCAAUGUUGAAAACGAGUUGAUUUUGAUGGGAUGGUGAAGGUCUGCGGGAGAGCCAGCCACCGGGACCAAGCUGGGAGUCCAGGUGAUUGCGGGGAGGAGCUUGGGAUGGUGGGGAGGCUUUGGGAGAGGCUCCUUGUCGACAGCACGGUCCAUGAACACGAGGGUAAUGAGCAAGGGAAUGCAUCCAGAGAAUACGGGUCGUCCGUGUCCUUGGUCAAACAUCCUGCAGGACCCAGUUGCUAUCUUGUCAAAAUUAAUCGAGUGUAUAAUCAUUUCUAACAUCUUUCUGCAAAGAUAAAGCCCUGUGUUAAUGAUAUCCAUUAAACCGUCUUUGUCUAUCCAGUGCCCAACAUCUGUAUCGGUUGUCAUGGAAUACUACGUACAGAAACAGGCCCUUUAGUCCAUCUAAUCCAUGCCAAACUGUUACGCUACUUAGUCCCAUUGACCUACACCUGGACCAAAGUCCUGCAAACCCAUGUACUUAUCCAAACGUCCUUAAAUGUUGCAACCAAACCCGCAUCCAACAUUUCCUAUGGCAGUUUGUUUCACACGAACCACUCUCUGAGGAAGAAUAUUUCAACUUUCACCCUCAACGUGUGACCUCCACUCAGUGGAAAAAGACUGCUUGCAUUUACCCUGUCUACAUCACUCAUAAUUUUGUAUAUUUCUUUCAAAUCUCUCCUCAUUCUCCUGUGUUCUAGGGAAUAAAAUCCUAACCCCUGUAUUCAA